AUGGGAGCUGCUAGCUCAGCUUGGAGUUGGGUUCUACUCUGCAUAGUGUGGUGGUCUCUAAGUCUUGAGCUGGCACAGUGCAAUGUUGUGUAUGAUAGGAAGGCUCUUAUCAUUGAUGGGCAGAGGAGAAUUCUCUUUUCUGGCUCCAUUCACUAUCCCAGAAGUACUCCUGAGAUGUGGGAAGGCCUUAUUCAGAAGGCCAAAGAUGGUGGCUUGGAUGCCAUAGACACCUAUGUGUUCUGGAAUCUUCAUGAACCUUCUCCUGGCAAUUAUAAUUUUGAGGGGAGGUAUGAUUUGGCUCGGUUCAUAAAGACGGUCCACAAGGCGGGGCUUUAUGUGCAUCUUCGCAUUGGGCCUUAUAUUUGCUCAGAAUGGAAUUUUGGGGGGUUUCCAGUUUGGCUGAAGUAUGUUCCAGGCAUUAGCUUCAGAACAGAUAAUGAGCCUUUCAAGUCAGCAAUGCAAAAAUUUACCCAGAAAAUCGUCCAACUGAUGAAGGAUGAAAAGUUAUUUGAGUCCCAAGGUGGCCCCAUCAUUCUUUCUCAGAUUGAGAACGAAUAUGAGCCAGAAAGCAAGGCUUUUGGGGCUUCUGGUUAUGCAUACAUGACUUGGGCUGCAAAGAUGGCUGUCGGAAUGGGUACUGGGGUCCCAUGGGUGAUGUGCAAGGAACAGGAUGCUCCAGACCCAGUGAUAAACACUUGCAAUGGUUUCUAUUGCGACUAUUUUUCCCCAAACAGAGUGUACAAACCCACACUAUGGACUGAGGCUUGGACUGGCUGGUUUACAGAAUUUGGUGGUCCAGUGUACCAGCGACCUGUUGAAGAUUUGGCAUUUGCAGUUGCCGGAUUCAUUCAAAAAGGAGGCUCCUUCGUAAAUUAUUACAUGUACCAUGGAGGAACCAAUUUUGGGAGAACUGCUGGAGGCCCUUUUAUUACUACCAGCUAUGACUAUGAUGCUCCCAUUGAUGAAUAUGGUUUGAUCAGGCAACCUAAGUAUGGCCACUUAAAGGAACUCCAUAAGGCUGUUAAGUUAUGUGAGCCAGCUCUGCUAAAUGCUGACCCUACUGUCACAUCCUUAGGGAGCUAUGGACAGGCACAUGUAUUCUCUUUCAAGUCAGGAGUUUGUGCAGCUUUUCUCUCAAACUACAAUACAAAGUCAGCUGCAACGGUGACUUUCAAUAACAUGAACUUUCACCUUCCCCCUUGGUCAAUCAGCAUCCUUCCAGAUUGCAAAAAUGUUGUAUUCAACACUGCUCGAGUGGGAGUUCAGACAUCCCAAACACAACUUUUGCACACUAACUCUGAAUUGCGCUCAUGGGAAAUGUUCAAUGAAGACAUUUCUUCAGUGGCUGGUGAUACAACAAUCACGGUCAUUGGCCUCUUAGAUCAGUUGAACAUCACUAGAGACUCCAGUGAUUAUUUGUGGUACACAACCAGAAUCAACAUAAGUCCAUCAGAAUCAUUUCUGCAUGGAGGCCAGCAUCCCAGUCUAACCGUGCAGUCAGCUGGAGAUGCUCUACAUGUUUUUAUCAAUGACCAGCUCUCAGGAUCGGCUUAUGGGACUAGGGAAUACAGGAGAUUCACUUUUACAGGAAAUGUCAACCUGCAUGCUGGACUGAAUAAAAUUUCACUUCUCAGUAUAGCUGUUGGAUUGGCGAACAAUGGUCCUCAUUUUGAGAUGCGGAGCACAGGGGUGCUGGGACCAGUUGUUCUACAUGGACUAGACCAAGGAAAGAGAGAUUUAUCAUGGCAGAAAUGGUCAUACAAGGUUGGGCUAAAAGGAGAAGACAUGAAUCUGGGUGCUCUACAUUCCAUCUCGGAGGUGGAUUGGAUGAAGGGGUCCCUAGUGGCACAUAAACAGCAGCCACUGACAUGGUAUAAGGCCAGUUUUGAUGCACCAAAAGGAGAUGACCCCUUGGCUUUGGACAUGGGGAGUAUGGGGAAGGGUCAAGUAUGGAUCAAUGGGCAGAGCAUUGGAAGAUACUGGACUACUUAUGCUACAGGCAACUGCAGUGAAUGCGCUUAUUCUGGUACAUACAGGCCUAAGAAGUGCCAAUUUGGUUGCCAGCAUCCACUCAACAAUGUUUUUGAGGAGAUUGGUGGUGAUGUAUCAAGGAUUGGUCUAGUAAAAAAAUCAGUGACAAGUGUUUGUGCUGAAGUUUCUGAAAGCCACCCUCACUUCAGGAAUUGGCAAACUGAGAGCCAUGGCCAACUGGAAGAGCAAAAUAAGCCAGAAAUUAGCCUACACUGUACAGAGGGACACUCCAUUUCUGCCAUUAAAUUUUCAAGCUUUGGAACUCCAUCUGGAAGCUGUGGAACUUUUCAGCAUGGUGACUGUCAUGCUCCAAACUCAAAUGCUGUCCUGGAAAAGGAGUGCAUAGGCAAGCAGAAAUGUUCAGUGACCAUAUCAAAUACCAACUUUGGCAAGGACCCAUGUCCAAGCAAACUGAAGAAGUUGUCUGUGGAAGCUGUUUGUGCUCCUAUAUAA